AUGGAUUCUGUCGAGAGUUCCCCGGGUCCGUCCAUGCCUCGUCCGCACCACCAUUCCUCCCACAGCAGCGGCAGCUUAGCCGCCUCUUCUCUCGCUGGCGGAACCUCUUCCAAUAGCAGCUCCCCUUACUUAGGCGGAGGCGGAGGCGGAAGCGGAGGCAAUUCCGCCCUAGGCGGGCGGCGGAGCAGCAGCAACGACUUGCUAGUAGCGGCGCCGUCGGUUUCCUCCUCUUCUCUUUCCACUGGCCCCGUUUCCCCUCACCAAUUCCUCCCCCCGCAUCUCGCGGCAAUGCAGCGCCGCCGCAACCAGUCGUAUUCCCCCUCUUCUUCCCCCGGCCCUCCGUCAACCGUCCGCGCAAUGGGGACCCCUCCGCCAGCGCCUCUUUUAGGAGAGGCGGCGGAGAUGUCUGCGCGAAGCAGCAGCGCCUUAGGCGGCGGUGGUGGUGAUAGCACUGACAGCUGGGGUACUCGCGGCGGAGGUGGAGGCGGAGGCGGAAGCGGAAGCGGCGGAGGCCGGGUUCCGGUGUUCACGCGCUCGCUGUCCACUAACUCCCCGACGUUGUCGCCCGUCCACCCCUCGUACUCCGCCGGAAAUCCCGCUCCCAGUUACCCGCCUCCUGCGUCCACCGUUUCCCCCCCUUUCCCCGCGGCGCCUUCCGCCAAUGCUCCGCCGUCCGCCGCGCUACCCGGGCCCGCGCUUCCCCCGCUGUCGUCGUCGCACGCGAGCGUGUUUGUGGGGCAAUCGCGCGCCAUGAUGAUGCUGCUGGACCGUUGGACGGGCCGCGUCGUACAGGCGAGCGGGUCCGCGGUGGCAGCGGUGGGCUUGAGUCGCGAGCAGCUGGCGGACGUGUCGCUGCUGGACGUGGCGCAGGGCGUGCGCAUGGCGCAGUGGCGCUCCGCCGUUGCGGACGUCUUCGCGGGGGGCGAGGGGGGCACUGCCGUGCUGCGCUUCUCCCUGCCGGAGUCCCUGAGGGGCAAUCUAGCGGGCUACAGUGUGGAUCUCACGCUACAGCCCUGCCGCCCCGUGCCCGACCCAAGAGCUGUCGUCGGCACGCUCGCACUCGUCCGCUCCUUCCCUGCUUCUUCUUCUGCUGCUGGCGCUGAGGCUGGCGGUGGUGCUGCUGGUGCUGGUGCUGCUCGGUUCCCUGUGCCUGCGUCUGCUGCUCGUGCUAGCAUGGGGGGCGGUCCCCUGCCGUGUUCUGUCAGUGUGGACACGGCUGCUGCUCUUGCUGCCAUGGCGAAUCGGCACCACCCCACUGUCCCGACCAGCAUCAGCGCCACAUCAGAUGAUAACGACGACGCCGACGCAAUGUCUUCCUCCUCCUCUUCUGCUGCCGCUGCUGCUGCUGCUGAUGGUGGUGGUGGUGGUGUUGCUGGUGCUGGUGCUUCGGGCGGUGGUUCAAAGAAGCUCAUGCGGAAAUUCGCCUUGCUGCUCUCUGCAGGAGGGAAGGCCCCGUCUCGCCUAGCCUCGUCCCCAGGCUCGGAUAGCGGAGGCUCGGCGCCGCUGUCGCUUGUGAUCUCCGACCCUACCUCGUUUGACAGUGGUCCGGAUAGUGGGGGCAGCAGCAAGGGAGGGGACAGUGAGGCCGGGGGUGCUGCUGCUGCUGGGGGUGGGGGUGGGGGUGGGGGUGGAGGAGGAGGAGGAGGAGGAGGAGGAGGAGGAGGAGGAGGAGGAGGAGGAGGAGGAGGAGGAGGAGGAGGAGGAGGAGGAGGAGGAGGAGGAGGAGGAAAGGAAGGAGGGAGGGAAGGGGGAGGAGGGUGGUGGGAGCGGCACGGGUUUGAAGUGCAGACGCCUGGAAGGCGGUUGAUUCGGCGGUGGGGGUCAGUGGGAGGCUCUGGCGAAAAGGGAGGAGGAGGAGGAGGAGGAGGAAGGGACGCAUCAACCCCCUCCUCCUCCUCACAUUACUCAAUCUUCUCCAACCGCCCUCCUCCUGGCAGCAGUGGGGAGAAGCAUAGGGGGGGAGGAGGAGGAGGCGGAGGCGCCGCCGCUCUCACUCCAGAGGAGCGUCUCUCUCUGAUUCUGAGGGAUCUCGACUCAUGCAGGUGUCGUUUGGUCCCGGUAGGAGGAGGAGUAGGAGCAAGAGCAGGGGCAGCAGCAGCAGCAGCAGCAGCAGCAGGAGACGACUCGCCUGUGCGCCUGAGUCUCCCUCCUUCCUUCGUCAGGCGCAGCAGCAGCACUGGCAGCACGUCAGCCCGCCCUCUUUCCCUCCCCCACGGCCCCCCUUCUCUCUCCCACGGCCCCCCUUCCCUGAAGAACUCGCUGAGCCUUGUGAUCCCCACAGAGGGGGAUGAUGAAUCGGGCGGGGGAGGAGAGGACGAGGGGAGCGACUUGGGGGAGAGUGUUGGAGAGGCUGGGGAUGGAGGGGACGGGACACCGGGGGAAUACGGGGUGGAAGGAGGUGGCGGGGGAGCGGGGGACGGGGGAGGGGGUGCAAGAGGAUUUGGCUUCAAGCCUCCGUUAGCAGUGGGAGGUAUGGGCGGGGCAGGCGCGGGAGCAGCAGCGGGUGUGGGUAUGGGGGGUGGGGGGGGUGUGGGGGAGCGGUCAGGGAGGCCUGCAAGGAGGCGGUUCAUGGAGGUGCAGACGCCAGGGCGAGCCAUGUGGCGGUCGUCUAGCUUCAAGAGCGGGCGCGACAGGGAGAAGGACGAAGCCGCAUCCACAUCCUUGGCUCUGGCGGAACUGGGGGAAGGGGAGGUGCCGGCAGGAGGAGCAGGAGGAGGAGCAGGAGGAGGAGCAGGAGCAGGAGCAGCAGGGGCGUUGUCGGUGGUGUCGGCAGGGGAUUUGAUUCACGGCACGUCUGCUCCCAGUAGCCCCAGGGCGAGCAAGGUGGUGAGUCUGGCGGGCGGGCAUGUGUGGGGCGCUGCUGUGGCUGUGGGCAGGAGCAGCAGUGGGGAGGGGAUCGGUGCGAGCAGCGGCGGCGGCAGCGGCGGCGGUGGUGCUGGUGCUGCUGCUGCUGGUGGUUUUGGUGAUGCUGGUGGCAGGCUGAAAGGAGUGCGAGGGUCCGAUAAGGAGCGAGCGCGGCGAGGGAAGAAGGGAGGGCUUGCAGAGGAAUGGGCCGAUUUAGGAGGAGGCGGCAGCGGAGGAGGAGGAGGAGGAGGAUUGAAGGGAUUGGGGAGCAGAGGGGUAGGCGGAGCGCGGUGGCUGGCCCCUAUGAACGCACUCUUCUCCAACAAGAGCAGCAGCAGCGAGAGCAGCAAGGGGGCAGGCGGGUUCCCCGGGAUGCCCAAGCCUAAGAAGCUGAUCAAGGGCAACUGGGACAUGUGGGUGUGCGAGGGGUGGGACAGCAUUGCUGCUGGAGACAUUGAUCUUUCCCAGCCUCCAGGGACAGCAGGGCCAGGCGGAGCAGCAGCAGCAGGAGGAGGAGGAGACGGGGGUGGGCUUGGACCAACAGCAGGAGCAGGAGGGGGAGCAGGGGGAGGGGGGGAGGGCAAGAAGCAUAGCUUCGCGGCAUUUGUGCCGCGCCUGCACGUGUCUGGGGGGUUGGACGAGCCGGUGCGGAGCAGGAGCGUGGGGCGCAGUGGGCUGCGGCCUGAGGUUGUCACCCCCGGGCCCAGGGCGAAAGGGAGGGGCCUAUGGGGCUCUGAGAGGGGCUCAGGCGCUGCUGCUGCUGCUGCUAAUGCUGUUGCUGCUGUUGCUUCUUCUUCUUCUGCUGGAGAUCUCUUGCCUGCCGGUAUUCCUGCUGGUGGUGCUUCUGCUGCUGCGCCUGGUGUUACCUCUGAUUCCGCUGCUGCUGGCGCCGCUGCUGGCGCUGCUGGUGGUGGUGCAGAAGCAGGAACGGACCGGAGGAGGAUGCUGAUGAAGCUGCGAUCUGGUCGCAGGGGGGGGUCCCGUGGGGAGAUGGAUUAUGCGGCAAUGAACCUGCGUGCUGCUCUUGAUGGGGACGCGGGCGAUGGUGAAGGAAGGCCAGGCGAGGGGAAGGGCGGUGAGGGCAAGGUGGCUGAGAGCAGGAGCAGCGAGGGGAGCAAGGUUGCAGGGGAGGGGGCAGGAGAGGGAGUGAGGGAGGGCGACGGGGAGGGGAGUGGUGGGAAGGGCAGAGAGGGCAGGGAGGGCAGGGAGGGCAAGGAGGGGGUGACGGGGAUCGAGAAGCUGGAGCCUCGGAGAAUGCUGAUGCGCCUGCGGUCGGGCAGGAGGAGCGGGUCCCGGGGAGACCUGGACUUCGGUGCUCUGGGGCGAGCACCGGGGGCAGCAGCGGUGGGAGGAGCAGGAGGACUGGGCCCAGGAGGGUUGGGGCCAGGGGGGUUGGGGUCAGGGGGAUUGGGCGGGGGAGCGGUGGGGCCAGGAGGGGUGUCAGGAGGAGGGGGAGGAGGAGGGCGUGGGGGAAUGGGAGAAGCAGGUGGGGCUGGGGAGGGAACGAAUGAGGAGAGUGGCAAGGGCAGUGGAAACAGUGUGUUUGGAGGAGAUGGUGCGGGAGAGACAGGUGAGCGUGGGCUAGCGAAGGGAGCAGACGAGGGAGAGAGGGACAGCGAUGCAGCUGGCAAGGUGGUAGCGGUGGUGGAGAGGCCUGAUCCGCGGAGGAUGCUGAUGAAGCUGCGAUCCGGCCGGCGGGAGGACCUGGCUGAUAGCGCUGUGGCGCGCAUGGGAAGUGAGGAGGGCGGGGUGCGGGGAGGCGCGGGUGAUGAGGCAGGGAAGGGAGGGAGGGGAGGUGAGAAUGGGCUGGAAGAGAGGAAGGGUUCUGCUGAUGUGGGAGGUGCCGAGGCAGCAGCAGCUGCAGCAGCAGGAGGAGGAGGAGCAGGAGCGGCACCAGCAGCAGCAGCGCCUGCAGCAGCAGCGAGGCCUGUACGAGGGCCCAUGUUAAUGAAAAUGAGGUCAGGGAGGAGGGAAGACAUUUGGGAUGGGCGGGACGCUGAGGCAGUGAAGGAGAAGGAGAGGGAGAGGGGAGAGGAGGGAGAUGGGAAGGCGGCGAGUUGUGCACCGAUGGAGGGAAGGUUGGUAGAUAUGGGGGGGGAAGGCAGAGGUGAGAAUGCAAGGAGUGAGAGGGUCGAAGCAGGCUUGGUUGUGGGGAGCUACGAGAAUGCUGGUGCAACCGCGGUGGUGCUUGCUGUGGGGAGGGGGGAGGCAGAUGAAGCAAGCAAGCUGGCAGAGGAAAAGGCGAAGGUAAAGGCAGAGGCAGAGGUAAAGGCAGAGGCAGAAGUAAAGGCAAAGAAAGAGGCAGAACGAGAGGCAGAGGAUAAGAGGGUGCAGGAGCAAGCGAGGGAGGAGGCAGUGAGGCGAGAGCUGCAGCAGUUGGAGGAGGAAAUGGCAACACUAGAGCGCAUGCUGGGGGGGCUGAGGAGUGUGCAGGAGCAGACGAAUGCCCUGGAGAAGGAGGGGAAGAAUGAGGAUAAGGGGGAGGAGGAGAAGGAUAAGGGAGCGGGGAGGAGUGAGGAGCAGGAAGGGAAGGACAAGGAGAAGGAAGGGAAGGAGGAGAAUGGUGGGGAGGGGAGUGAGGAGGAGGACGGAAGUGUAGUGGAGCAUGGGAGUGAAGGCAAGGAGGAGAGCGAUGUGGCCGUGAUGGCUGAUGUGGAAGGGGCGGAGGGGCAAGGGGAGGAGGGUGCUGGUGGGGGUGAGGUGGAGAAUAGGGUGGCAGUAGCUGCACAUGACCAUGCGCAUGGACGCAUGGGGAACUCGUGUGGUGCUGAUGCUGCUGCUGCUGCCGUGUGUGCCAAGUGCGCUGGUGCUGCUGAGUCGUGGUUCAGCAACCUGCUCUCGCAGGCAUCUCUGGGCUUUGCUGUUCUGCAGCCUCCCUCUGGGCGCCUACUGCUCACCAACCCUGCCCUGCCCCUCCUGCUGGGCCUGCCCCCUUUCGCUCUUGCCCCCGGCACGUGCCUCCCUGCGGCUCUUCCCGAGACGCAAAGAGCUGCUGUUGAGGUAAGGAUGAUUGUGAUGGGGAAGCGGGGGGGAUGGGAAAGGGGGAGGAGAAGAUGGGGAUAA